AAUGUCCAAGAGUGGGGCAAUAGGAGAGCUGCAGAUUAUUAUGAGUUCCACUUACCAGAUGGUUUCCGACGCCCUCAAGGAGACUCAAGCCUUGAACAGUUCAUAAGAAAUAAAUAUGAGAAGAAGUUGUAUAUAAAUAAAGGCGGACCACCUCCUGUACGAGCAACUAUUAAUUCACCUGAAAAGGUAUAUAAACUGUAAAAAAUAUCAUGAGAAUUAUUGGGGAUGUGCCGGAUACUGUUUUUGCUGGAUACUGUUUUUGCCGGAUACCGGAUGGUAGUCUACCGGAUACCGGUCAGGAGAACAUGAUGACCGGAUACCGGAUAAUAACCAGAUACUCCCAUACAAUAAUUUAUUAGAAACACAACAUUUUUAUAGCUUAAUGAACUAGUCCUAUGUGGCAAUGUGUUUAAUACUUCAAGAGUUUUUGUAUCUUUGACCUAUUUGUCUUUACCAAGGCCAUAUCUUAUGAUUCACCUUACAUUGUUUACUGGUAUUCAGUAUAUAAAAUUCACUGCUGUUGGCAAACGAGCAGUUCACAUCACCAUCACGAAAAAAAAAUGUUGUAAUUUUGUCGUAAUGCAGCGCAUGCUCAGUAAUUGUUCGUGUUUCACAAUUUGUAAACGCCAAGUAAACUUUACCGUUUCAUGAUUGUAACAAAAUAUCUUACAGUACUAUCCGGUGAAUAUCCGGCAAAUUUCUAUCGGAUACCAGAUAGUGCCGGAUGUCAAAAUUUUACCGGUAUCCGGAUCCGGCACAUCCCUAAGAAUUAUAGGGUUGAAGGUUUUUUAAAUCACCCACGAAAUAGUCGAAAUUGGAGCAUUUUGGCUGUUCAUUGUCUGGCUAGAUGACACAAUUACAGUAAUAUAUGCAAAAUUGCCAGGGAUCGAAUAUGCCCUUUCGCCAUGCAUGCGGUUCACUGCUGCGUAAAUGUUGACCCAUUGAGUGGCAGCGCUCUCCCCUUGAGUAAAACUGUCUGGCAAUAGACAGAGUAAAAUAAGAAAGUAGGCACAUUAGGGUGCAAUGUGUCUUAAUGGGUUAAGUUGUAAGCCAAUCUGCCAAUGAUCCCAAAUAUGGACGUCUGAGACCCUGGCAUGCAUACUUUGCCCCACAAUGAACACUUAUCUAUGAGUUUGAAUCUUUUAUGAAUAUAGGUUAGCCAAGAAAAGAAAAAGUCUUCUGUUAAUGAAAAUAAAAAGGUAAUAAAGUUAAAGUGAAAUUCUAAGCCUUCUUGAUGUCCUAAAUACCUCAUAAACUUGGUGAGAUCAUAUGCAUUGUGUACAAAUUAAAUUAACCAGUUUUAUCUCCAAUUGAUGUAGAUAUCUAGACCAGAACCUUCCAAGUCAGUUCCGAAUGUGGUAAAGACCAGCAAUGUACCAAGUAGUAAGGCACCAUCAGCUACAGUAGACCUACUGUCACUGUCUGAACCAGCACCGCCAUCACAGCCACCACAACAACAACAACAACAAAACAGCACCUUGCUAAGCAUAUCAGCAACACCCGCCAAGCAAGAUAAUACAGCUGACGUAAGUUUAGAGAUGUAACUUGUAAACCUUCUAGUCAAAAUUUAAGAUUACCAAGGCUGAGUUUUUGAAGAUGGUUAGAUUGGUGACCAGUUGCACAGCUGAUUAGUUAGUUACCUGUUGAUUACAGUAAGCAGGUUGUGGUUGUCCAAAUCAUUGAAGCAAUACACCUCAUUUAUAUUGCAGAGAAAAAAACUUGCAGAGCACAGUAGAGAUCCAACCAAACUCCACUUAUGUGACUUUUCAUGUUACCCAACCUAAAUACAUACCCCACCAUCAAGUCAUCAAUCUACAGUAGCAGGCUGAAUCAAGUGAUAAAUGGGGGGAGGAGAGUGCUGACCACAUCUGCUUCCUGUGCCACAUCCUCUGACCUCCUUGUCUGUAAGAUGCUGUUUCACAAAUCACAAUGAUAUUCCUUGUAGUUGUAUCCAUCCAUUCUAAUCAAAUGUACAAACCAUCUCAUUCUCGCUUCUUCUACUUUCCGGACACUGAUUUCUACUCCAGCUUUUCUGCAAAGUUGUUUUCAAAAAGAUUUCCUUCUGUUCAUCAUUCUCAUCUCACUCUUUCCAGUAGCCUCUUUCUUCCUCAUUCUUUGGUGCCCACAUUUCCAUACAACAUCACAUGCAUUCACCUGUACAUCAAAUUAACUUAGGGUUAUAUUAUGAUUAUACGGGUAUGAAUGUGAUAGUUGACAUUAGAAUUAAAAUUUAAUACGGAUCUUCUGGGAACGAAAUUUGUAGUUUGUUACAGAUUUUUUGAAACUGUCAAAUACAAUGGGCUAUUCCCUUGAAGAAUUCCAAGCUCAAAACCCUUUAUCCUUGAAGAGAAGAAUUCCAAGCUCAAAACCCAUUACCCUUGAAGAAUUCCAAGCUCAAAACCCUUUAUCCUUGAAGAGAAGAAUUCCAAGCUCAAAACCCAUUACCCUUGAAGAAUUCCAAGCUCAAAACCCUUUACCCCUGAAGAAUUCCAGGGAUCCUCAACGGGGGGGAGGGGGGGGGUACGGAUAUUAAAUGGAAUAGUCCAAUGGUAAUCUCUAGUAAUCAUUGUGUAAAUUAAAAUGAUGUGUAUGCCAAUUUUUGUAGCUUCUUAAUUUUGGUGGCUCAUCAUUCCAAGCACCGUCUAACAAUGUUCAACAACCACCGUCACAGGGGUUUGCAUUUGAUUUAGCUCAGGUAAGUACCAUUUUGUUGGUGACUGUUACACCAUACAUGCUUCGCCUGUCACGGUGACAACAAAUGAGGUUCAGUAGUAAUAUCUGCCCACAAAAAAUUUUUCCCCUUAACAUUUUUCGUUUUAUUUUAUCACAUCGCAAUUUUAAGUGUCACUGAAACCGUUAAAUUCACGAUCUCGUGACAAGCGAAUCCAGUUUUGUAUAACUGGUGGGGCAGUUCCGUUGUUCGCAUCAAUUUUCAAUACAUUUCACGUUGUCCGCAUUGUAUAGCACCGUAUAUAAAACAUUGAAUUGAAAUCCCAUUUUAGAGCAUGUCCACACCGGUGGGCAAUACAGUAGCAACAUCAAAUGGUGUGAUGACUUCAUCAAACCAAACAAAUCUUGAAGAGAAUUUAUUUAAAGAUGAUCCAAGCGGUGGAGGAGGACAGUCGAAAAAAGGUGAGUGAGAAUGUUCACCUUGCCGUAGCGCGUUAAUAGACUUACUGUCGUUCCAAUUGAAGUGUUGCUCAAAUAUUGAUUCAAUACAUUACCUCGGGCUGACCAAUUCAUUUCAUCAAGUUCCUCGAGAUAUUCGUACACUUCCUAGUAUAAUUGUAAACUUCCUGUUGAAUAGCUUGAAUGCACCAAUCACCUUUGUUGUUUGUGCAACUAACCAAUCAUAAAUAGAAAGGAAGUGACCAGAAAUGAUCAAAUACUUGGAAUUAGCUCUUUCACAGGAAGUGUAUGAAUAUCUCGAGGAACUUGAUGAAAUGAAUUGGUCAGCCCGAGGUAAUGUAUUGAAUCAAUAUUUGAGCAACACUUCAAUUGGAACGACAGUAAGGCCAUGUUACACGGUGCAAUUUUUCUUGCAACUUGUAAUGCAAUUCUGCUCUUGAGAGAUGUAAAAUUGCCAAAUACGAGUAUUCAUUAUACUCCGCUGAUGUUUUCUUAACAUGUCGAAAAUUCUUCACUGAUUUCACUAAUUAACAUCUCUCAAGAGUAGAAUUGCAUUGCAAGUUGCAAGAAAAAUUGCACCGUGUAACGUGGCCUUUACUGGUUAUUGCACUUUUUCCCCAAUGGAGAAAUUUGUUUUCAUAUUUGGACAACCGAUCCUGCAUCAUGGUUUCCAUAUGGUCGUAAAGAUUGAGUCACGAUCUUUCUCAUCAGCCGAAAUACAAAAUACGCAGAGUGAUUAUAACUAGAGAAUACUUAUGAUUUACAUGUGGUUUACAGGUAUGAACUAUUAUAAACUGGCCGUUUUGAGAAAGAUCGUGACUUGAAUCAAAUUGUAUAUAGAUAGAUAUAGUCUUUAUCAUGGGACAGUCCCCAAUAUCACAGUACGAGUAAGUACUGUACAAUAAACAGUACAGUUUUAUUGGGUAGUGUAUCACAGUACCUAAUAGACCCAUUGCACAGGACGUCACAGCGCCGGUGACGAUGCAUCUGGAGGACAAAUUAGCAAUCUAUGCAUAAUGUAACUUUUGUAAACAAAGCAAAUUUUGUAAAACUUUAUAAUAAUUUUGUAUUAAAAUGGUUAAUUUUUGCGCUGUAUGUGGUUGUUGUACAAGAACACAUAUUGUUAGGGAGCAUCUGGAGGACACUCGAAGGAAUUUGUGACGUCAGUGCAAGGGGUCUAUAAGACUAUACAAUAAACAGUAUUAUUGAACAUUUGGUAGUAACAGUAAGUUGAAUCAAAUUAUAUAGUCGUUAGAAAGGUUAUUUACGUGUUGCAGAUUCUAUAAUGGCGCUGUAUCAGCCAUCACAAAAGCAAGCAAACCCUCAGAUGUUUGGCAUACCAGGUGGAGUGUAUCUGCAACAACAACAACAACAACAGCAGCAACAAAUGAAUGCAAUAGCUAUGAACAGACCACAAGGGGCGGCACCUCAGUAUAACACACAGCAACAAAUGUUUGGUGCACCACAGCAGCAACAACAACAGCAAAUGUAUCAGGUAUGAUAAAGUUUUGUUUUUACAGAAGCAUAACCCCAGGACUGAUUAAUAUUAGCGCCUGCGAGCAAAAUUUAGAACUUCAGAAUGUGCCUGCAAAAUUACCCGGUGUUUUAGGUUUUGAGAGUUAAACUAUUGUUGGAGUAUCAGUAUUUAACGAGGUUUUAAAAUGUGUCUGCUCUAAUUUCAGGUUAAUCAAGUACAACAGCAGAUGGCAAUGCUUGGCUUUGGUCAGCAACAGCAGCGACCAUCUACUCAGGCAAUGCCUAACAAUCGGGCUAUGCCUAACAUUCAGGCAGCUGCAGGCUACAACUAUAAUCAACCCAUGCCAGGUAUGAUGCAGUACAACAACGGCCCGGCGCCCUAUGGUGGUAACACCCCCAUGGUAAACGGUAGUUGGAUGCCACGACCCCCCGGGAGUUUUCCUCAACAACAGCCAAUACCUCAGUAUGUCAGCAGCGGUCCUGCAGCACCAAGGUUUAACAUGUAUCAAGCACAGGGGGGUGUACAGUCUGGACAUACCUUGAGCACCAAUCUGUGGAAAUGAACGGAAUUAUUGUGACGUGUUUCGUGAAAUGAAAUUGUAAACUUAUUUGGUUUCGAAGAACUAAUUUUUUUCUGCAAAUGGCCGCACGUUGGUCAGAAUGUAAAUACGGAGAUGCGAUGAGUUGAGAUAACGGGUUUUCUGGCAAAACUGGUGUUCUCGAAGCAUUCUUUUUCGUGAAAAUAAAAUCGGAAAACGGAAUAAUUUGCACUAUACGAAGUUUGGACUGGUUGUCCCAAAGGACUGCUUCAAACUAACUUCGUAAACUGUGAUCAAUUUUAGCAAGAACUUUAAUUAGUUGAAAUUAAAAUGAAAUACGAUUGUCUAUACCUGCUUGGCCAUGUGAAAAAGCAAAACAAGACUUUGGGAAUAACUUCUGGUACACACAUAAAAACGCACAAGUUGUAACAAACCUGCAGCAGACUUGUAGCAAUGCUGUUCCAACAACUUGUCAACAGGAUGUGUUCGCACUGCUUGUUCCCAGCUUGUUGACAUGUUGUCAACGGCUUGUCGACAACUUGCUACAAGGUUGUUGAGCUCAACAACAACGACUUGUUACAAGUUGUUCCAUCAACUUGUUGUCAUCCUGCAAUUCAACAAUUUGUCAACAAGUUGUGAGUGACAACCUGUAGCAACUUGAUAAAAUAACGGCAUUGUUACAACUUGUUGACAAGCUUGCUACAAGCCUGUUGUGAACACAUCUUGUUGACAAGUUGUGAGAUUUUGACGUGUGUACACACAUGCUACAUUGGAUUGAAUGAUCAAAAUGUACACUUUAUGAAGCGACUAAGUAUGGAACUGUAUGGAUUUAUGGAAACAAACAUUAAUUUAAUUAAACAAUUUUACCAAUACUAAUAGAAAGAUUAGAAACAAUUAUGGUGUAGAAACUGUGGAAAUGCAAGCCAUAUAACUGGUCAUGCACUGGAAGUUUUAAAUUUUUAUUCAAACCUCUUAGAUAUGCAUGGUCCCAUUUAGAAAUUCAGGUUUUCUGGGUGCAUAUAAAUAAAUCCAGUGUGGAAAGUUUGUAUCGCGCGACCGAGAUAUCGGCGCGCAAUUUUGAUGCUUUCUAUAUAUUUACUAUUAAAUCUCGGUUGCGUUGUUUUCCAAACUUUCCAGUCUGGUGCAUAUUUAUUGCUGUAGCAUGACCACCAGCCAUGGCUGGCAUCGCCACUGACCUGAAAUGUUGCUGAGCAAUGAUGUAAAGAUCGUAGUGUUCAUCGGAAUGAACUUGUAUUACCAAAUCUGUGAAGGCUGUGUCUCAAAGUUUCUGUGAUCACAGUAGGAAUUUUGCACAGGCAAAUUCUAAGUUUUGAAGGAUUUGUAAGAAAUAUUUGAGGCAACUGAUCCAGUGUUUAACAAUGAAUCGGUUCCCUCAAAAUCUCUUACAAAUCCUUCAAACCUUUGAAUUUAGCUAUGCAAAAUUCCUACUGUGAUCACAGAAACUUUGAUAGUUUAAACCAGCCUUAACCGUUGAAGUCUUGUUAACAUUUAACGUGGUUGUCAUGACCUCGUCAAGACCACCGGGGUAAAAUAGUCUGGGUCUAUCUUGUCUUUUGUGUAUGGAAAUUGGUUUUUACUGAUUGCAAGGAUGUAUGGGGAACUGUCUUGUGUACAUCGUUCAUCUUGACCUGAUCAUGAUGGCCAUGACAAAACCAGGCUUCAUAUACUUUCAAUUCUAUAUAAUCUCUCAUCCAAACGUUAGUUUUUUUGUUACGAAAGUGCAUAUUGUAUCUUUCUGCUUGUAAUGCAUGUGUGUUCGAAAGCUUUUACCAAGCGAUAUGUCCAAAAUAUAGUUUGCUUAUUAUUCCAAAGUAAUUCAGUAAUAAACAAAUAUGUAAUAUAUCAAAUGUUCAUGAAAUUAAAGAAACGUCAAUUUGAUUUUAGCCUAAGUUUUGAAGGAUUUGUAAGAAAUGUUUGAGGGGGUUCGACUCGCUGUUUAACACUGUAUAUGGCCACAGAAUAAAU